GUGAAGUCAGCAGUGCAGCAAACUCUGAAGCUCCGACCAGAAGCUUUACCACGGAUCUCCUGCUCUCCUGGGCCUCACCGACCACAAGGAACCUCCUCGUCCACCCUUCCUCUUUCCACAUCCACCCUCCCUCCACAUCCAGCCUUCCUGCACAUCCAACCUUCCUCCAGAGAGACACAGAGGCAGAGAGAGCAGAAUGCCCACCCCGUCCAACGGGACGCUGGAGGACACCCUGACGCGGGCUCUCGGCCGCUACCUGGACGCCUGGCGGCGGAACGCCUCGGCGGCGGCCGACGCGCUGGACAAGACCCUGCUGGAGGAGAACUUCGUGAACGUGGAGUGGUACCUGGCCGUGAUGAUCGGCAUGUUCGCCUUCAUCGUGGUGGCCAUGCUGGUGAGCACUGUGAAGUCCAAGCGGCGGGAGCACUCCAACGACCCGUACCACAAGUACAUCGAGGGGGAGUGGACGGAGAAGACCCCGCAGGGCUACACCAACGACGCCGCCAGCUGAGGCCGCCCGGAGGGACGCCGUCGUGUUAUCUUCGUCCUCACCUUUGGCAUCGUAACCAUCAUCAUCAUCCUCACCAUCAUCAUCAUCAUCAUCUUCCUUGUUAUAAUCGUCAUCUUCCUUGUUAUCAUCGACGGAAAAAAAAUGGAAACGUCACUAAUUAAUCAAAAAAGCAUACACGUAAAAAGACUUACUUCACCAAGUUAAACGCCACAAUAAAGGGGAGUACAAAAGCUCCGCCGUUCUUAUCCCAUGCGGCCCGUCGCCUCCGCAGACUUUCGCAUCCUAAAAAUACACAACAACCCCCCGAUCUCUGGC